UCUUGUAGUUUCGUUUCUGACAGUUUCGCACAAGGCACACAGGAGAACCGCAUCAUCAGUUUUUUUUCUGCUUUGUAAAAUAAAACGAGGAGUUUCUGGAAACCCAGUAGCACUUUAACCCAAGAAACAUCUGUAAAAAUGAGACACGGAUCUGCACGCUUGAUAGUGGCUGUCUUCACGCUGGCGACAGCUCUCACUUUAGCUGAGGAAGAUGCUGGCUACCGUAAGCCACCUGCCAGCAUGAUACCUCCUGCUCCAUUCAUCCCCACUCCAGCUUCCACCACCAUGACAACUGCCCAUACCAAUAUAACUACUACUCCAACUUCCCACAAUACAACCACCGCCGUAACAACCCCUGCAACAACUCCCCACCACAAUACUACAACCACCACCGCAACAACCCCUGCAACAACUCCCCACCACAAUACUACAACCGCCAAUGUAACAACCCCUGCAACAACUUCCCACCACAAUACUACAACCGCCAAUGUAACAACCCCUGCAACAACUCCCCACCACAAUACUACAACCGCCAAUGUAACAACUGUUGCUCCAAUAACUAAUGCUACUAUACCACCCACCCAAAAACCUGAACCAACGCCAACAACCAACAUCACUGUGGGUAAUUACACUGUGCAGGUUGGAAAACAGCUGUGCGUUAUGCUCCAGGCGGCCAUUCAGGUUCGCGUCAACAGCAGUAAACAACAUAUGGAAGGCACCUAUAUUGUUCCAGGAGAUGCUCCCAGUAAUGGCACGUGUGAACGCAAUACUUCCAGUCUCAAGAUUAACUUAAAAGAAGGGUACAUCUCUAUGAACUUCACCAAGAAUGAGUCCGCAAAUGUGGUGUUUGUCAGUGCUGUGACUGUUAGCCUGGCCUAUGCCUUCAAGUCUGGAGAAUUGUCACAUUUGGAGAGGAAGAUUGAACAGGUGCAACUCUUCAGCACAGCAAUAAGUCACUCCUAUUCCUGCAAGUCAGAGUCAGUCUUACUGGGUAAUGACACCUAUCUGGAAUUCAGUCAUGAGAGGAUGCAGGCCUUCAACUUUACCAACAACCAGUUUGGUUCCAUUGACCUGUGCAAAGCCGACCAGCCGAACUACCGAGUGGCCAUUGGUGUAGGUAUAGUGCUGCUCAUCCUCAUCCUCAUCGUAGUCGUGGCUUAUCUCAUCAGCAGAAGAAAGAGAACAGAUGGAUAUCAGACUCUCUGAUGUGGAGAAUCCAUAAAUCAUGUGCAAGUUAAAUCUAGCAUGAUACACAAAUGAUUUUAUGAGGCAGACAUUUGUUUUGAGUUUGUUUUGUUGAGGUUUGCUAGAUUAAAAAAACAACUGCCAUUUAUUCCAAGUGUCAGAUACUGCUCCUUUUGUAAGGUGCACGAUAGAACAACUAAAGGUCUGAUAUCAGAAAUUUACAACUUUAAAGUUCAAACUGUCUGUGCUUUCUUUGUCAUGCUCUAAUGUCUUAAAUCAGAUCUAUGUCCAGACUUUAAUCCAGUAGUUAUGAUUUAAAUGUGUUCUGCCUGUGGAGUAAUACAACUGAUUUUAAGUUAAACCCUUCUCCUUAAAUUCCUUCUUGUUUAAUGGCUUACUCUGUGAGGAUUUCGGAUGCAAAUUAAUUUUUAAAUAAUCUCUUAUCAUUUAAAAAUGAGAAUGCUCAGGAAUAUAGAUUCUAUUUUGGCAGGUUUCUAAAAUUUAAGGAUUUAAGGGAAAACAUUUUGUGUUUGUAUUGUAUAUACACUGAAAAUAAUAUUUGCUGUCUUGAUCUUAUUUUCAGAAUAAUGAUAAGGGAGAUAAUAUUGGACCAAAAUUGACAGCACCUUAUUUUUAAAUCUUAAAUAUAGAUAGAUGAUGAUUUCUAGUUUUUUAAAUUUUCUUUUUGUUUUAUUUUUUAUAUGUUCAAAAUUUGCUUGAAUAUUUUGUGCUUGUAUCUUGUGCAUGUAGAGCUGUUUUGUGAAACUGACCUCAGUGUUUGGCUAUGUAUCUGUGUUUUAUCUGAAACUGCUGAUCAAAAUGUAUAAAUGGAAUAUUUGUGA